CCAAAACCAAAUCUCUAGACUAAGAUAGAGAAAACCUAACUUAAAGUUAAAACCUUUUUUUUCAUUUUGUUCUGAGGGGGCUUUUGUGUUGACGGUGGUGGGAACAAAGGAACAUCGUAUCCAUUCUGUCCGGGAAACACAGCAAUGUUCAUUUCCGACAAAUCUCGUCCUACUGAUUUCUACAAAGACGAUCAUCACAAUUCCUCCACCACCAGCACCACACGCGAUAUGAUGAUCGAUGUACUCACCACUACCAACGAAUCAGUAGAUCUACAAUCUCACCACCACCACAAUCACCACAAUCAUCAUCUCCACCAAUCUCAGCCACAACAACAGAUUCUCCUCGGAGAAAGCAGUGGAGAAGAUCACGAAGUUAAAGCACCAAAGAAACGAGCGGAGACAUGGGUUCAAGACGAAACUCGUAGCUUAAUCAUGUUCCGUAGAGGUAUGGAUGGUUUAUUCAAUACAUCCAAAUCUAAUAAACAUCUCUGGGAACAGAUUUCGUCUAAGAUGAGAGAAAAAGGGUUUGAUCGAUCUCCGACUAUGUGUACUGAUAAAUGGAGGAAUCUGUUGAAAGAGUUUAAGAAAGCUAAGCAUCAUGAUAGAGGAAAUGGAUCGGCGAAGAUGUCGUAUUACAAAGAGAUUGAAGAUAUUCUUAGAGAGAGGAGCAAAAAAGUGACACCACCACAGUAUAAUAAGAGCCCUAAUACACCACCUACAUCAGCCAAAGUUGAUUCCUUUAUGCAAUUUACUGAUAAAGGUUUUGAUGAUACGAGCAUUUCUUUUGGAUCCGUUGAAGCUAAUGGCAGGCCAGCCUUAAACCUUGAAAGGCGUCUUGAUCAUGAUGGUCAUCCUCUUGCAAUCACUACAGCAGUUGAUGCUGUUGCAGCAAAUGGAGUUACUCCUUGGAAUUGGAGAGAGACUCCUGGAAACGGCAAGUCCUCAGAAAAAGCUUAUAUAAACUUAAGCCUCAAAGUUUAAUUUUCUAUAAGGCUAAAGAUAUGUUUUUUGAACUGUAUGUUUAUGUUCCAAGCAUGGUGUAAUAUGUGUAAGAAUCCACGUUUUCUCAUUUUGAGGUUGCUUCACAGCCUCUGCUCCUCUGCUUGAUUUAUUCGUUCGGUCUCUUUAUAACUGAGUAGAGCUUUUCAUUUGUUUCAUGUUUAUACAAGCAGGUGAUGAUAGUCAUGGUCAGCCUUUUGGUGGUAGGGUCAUAACAGUGAAAUUUGGUGACUAUACAAGAAGAAUCGGUGUUGAUGGUAGUGCAGAAGCAAUCAAAGAGGUAAUCAGAUCUGCUUUUGGGUUAAGAACUCGAAGGGCUUUUUGGUUAGAAGAUGAAGAUCAGAUUAUUCGCUGUCUUGACCGAGACAUGCCCUUAGGGAACUAUCUACUCCGUCUGGAUGAUGGACUGGCCAUUAGGGUUUGCCAUUAUGAUGAAUCCAACCAAUUACCAGUCCAUUCAGAAGAGAAAAUCUUCUACACUGAAGAAGACUACCGCGAGUUUCUGGCUCGACAGGGAUGGUCAAGCCUGCAAGUUGAUGGUUUUAGGAACAUAGAAAACAUGGAUGAUCUUCAACCUGGUGCUGUGUAUCGAGGUGUGAGAUGAGGAAAUGAGAUCACAAAACUUCUUCUCCAAUUCUAUCAACAGUUAUCUGAUCAGAAAACAGUCCCCUGUAGAUAUGAUCUCAUUCUCUUUAUACAUUUCUUCUUUUUUUCAUGUACUUGCUCAAAUAUGAAAUAUCAUAACUGGCAUUUACCGUACAGACCAAGAAGACCUCAAAAUAGAUUUUUGGUCUGUUACAUUUGUAAGAACAGAACAUAAGAGAAGUGAAUAAAUUGUUCACAAUCAGACGAGCGAGUGUUUGUGUGUGGUA